AUGAACACCAUUUACCAAGUAAACGUCACUUCCGGUCAAAAGACGUCACUUCCGGUCGGCAACGUAUCGCGUCCGUUUGCCCUGGAUUUCGACUACAAGAACGACUACAUCUACUGGACUGGAAACGGCAAGAUACUGCAGGCUCACAGGAACGGGACUGGGAAAAGGGAACUGCUAGACAACAACAUUACAGCUGGAGGACUGGCUCUCGACCUAGCUGGUCAUAACAUCUUCUGGACCGACGUCGGAAGGAAGACCAUCUCGGCAGCACGGAUAGACGGGAGCUACCAGAAAACCCUCAUCUCUGCGGACCUGGACCAGCCCCGAGUUAUCGUUCUUCAGCCGUCUAACGGGUACAUGUACUGGACAGAUUGCGGUCACGAGUCCAAGAUUGAACGGGCUGCCAUGGACGGUAGCGGCCGGACAACGCUCGUCAACACACACGUGCUGAGACCCACCGGGCUAGCAAUCGACUUUCAGGAGAACGUGCUGUAUUGGUGUGAUGGCGGAGACCCGAACUACCGACUGGAGAGAUCGGAUCUUCUCGGCAAUAAUCGUCGGGUCGUCGUGUCGUACCCGAACACGCAGUUCCUCGGCGUUGCGGUCGACAAUGGCAACAUCUACUGGACGGCGCGAAAUUUGAUAAAGUUGGCCAGAACAUCAGAGGCAAAUACUGGCCUUCGAGUUGCCAUAGGGAGUGGGUACGGUGAACUGAACGGCAUUCAUCUACACAAAGAUGGCGUCGCCUCUGACGUCACCAACGCUUGUUCUUCUUCCAAUGGCGGAUGCCACCAUCUGUGCCUGGCUCUUCCCGGAGGGAGGAGGUGUGCUUGUCGUGACGGCUGGGUCCUCCAGGAGGAUGAAUCUACCUGCUCUCCUCCCGAUGUCCGUUUGGUUGGUGGGAGCAGUCACUACGAGGGGAGGGUAGAAGUUCAGCGUUACCAUCAAUGGAAGACAGUCUGCGAUGAUAACUGGGACAUCGACAACGCACGUGUGGUGUGUCGGCAGAUGGGGUACCCUGACGCCAUGGAGGCAAAAAGUGAAGCGUAUUUUGGCCAGGGGUUGGGCGGGAGGGACACCAUCGGGCUAGACGAAGUGGAUUGUACCGGAAAUGAAGCUAAUUUAUUUGAUUGCACACAUAGAGGUUGGGGUGUCAGCGACUGUGGACACCAAGAGGACGCUGGAGUUGUUUGUCAGUUGGAUGUCCGUCUAGUGCGAGGAGGCUCUGCGUACCAGGGGAGAGUCGAGGUCCUGCACGGCGGAGUUUGGGGUACUGUUUGCGACCGCGGCUGGGACCUAAGAGACGCCGACGUCGUCUGCCGUCAGCUCGGGUACCCGGAGGCGGCGACGGCUGAAACAGGCGCGGCGUUCGGCGAGGGGACGGGGCUGAUCUGGGUAGACGACGCGACGUGCUCCGGGUACGAGACCAGCCUGACCAAAUGUGGCCACGCGGGGUGGAACACGAGCAGCUGCGAUCACAGUCAGGAUGCUGGUGUCGUAUGCCAGUUGCUAGCUGUGCGUCUUGUCGGCGGAAGCGCUCCUAGCGAGGGACGGGUGGAAGUGCUCCACCAGGGCAAAUGGGGGACCGUCUGCGACGACCAGUGGGACCUGAUGGACGCCCGCGUCGUCUGCCGUCACCUUGGUUACCCGGACGCAGUUUCGGCAUUGCCAUCGGCUCACUUCGGAGAGGGUUCGGGGCCCGUCUGGCUGGACAAUCUGGUCUGCGAGGGAAACGAAAGUGGACUGUCGGAGUGCGGUCACAACGGGCUGGGCGUGGAGAACUGUGAGCACAGCGAGGACGCAGGAGUAGUAUGUGCGCCAUCUAGCGAGCCGACAACAGUGACAACUGCGGGUGAAUCAUCAACAGUGACAACUCUGGGCGUUGUCACGGAUAGUACAGACAUGGGUGGAGGGACCACAGGCAAGUUUAAGAGAUUUAAAGCCUUUGGUGCGGGAUUCUUGUUUUAG